UUUGUGACCUAUUUUAUUUAUUAAUUCCUCUUUAACUCUGUAAAGUACAUCAUCACUUUGGGUUGAGCAUCUUCAACCAGGCCAGAAGUGUUUGCAGCAUGGGACUCAGCUGCUUUAAGUCUUGGAAAUAUGACAGUACAGGCCACAAAGGUAACAGAGAUGUGCUGGCCAGCCCAGGCUCCUAUUUCUUCCUAUCCAACAGCGCUGGUCAGGGUGACGAGUGGUUGAAGAGCCUUAACAAGGGAGUCUGGAUCCCUUUCACAGGGGUUUUUGGGCAACGUCUGGAUGAGACGGUGCUGUAUGAGCGUCGGUAUGGAGUGCGUUUGGUUCCUCUGGUGGUGGAGCAGUGUGUGACAUUUAUCCGGGAACGUGGUCUGCAUGAGGUGGGCUUGUUUCGCCAGCCUGGACGCACCAGUCUGGUGAAAGAGCUACAGGAGGCUUUUGAUUCUGGUGAAAGGCCGUCUUUUGACAGCGGGACAGACGUCCACACUGUGGCAUCACUGCUGAAGCUCUACCUCAGGCAGCUACCAGAACCUCUGGUUCCCUACAGCCACUACCAGGACUUUCUGCUCUGCGGUCAGAAGCUGUUAAGUGACCGUACAGUGGGUCUGGAGGAGUUGACGAAUCUUCUUCAUGAGUUACCUGUCGCAAACUUCAACCUACUCAACUUUAUCUGCCAGUUUCUGAAUGAGGUUCAGAGCUGCUCCAGCAGUAACAAGAUGAACGUCCAGAACUUGGCAACCGUGUUUGGACCAAACAUCCUUCGAGCCAAAGCUGAAGACCCACAAAGCAUCAUGGGAGCUACAAAACUGGUCCAGGUGCUCAUGUCGGAGCUGAUCAGACAACACAAAUCUCUGUUUGCCAAGUUCCCUCCUUCUGCCUGCUCUCAUCCUUCUGCAACGCCUUUGAAGCAACCCCAUCUCCAGCCAUCGCCCUGCCUUCGCCAGCUGUCUUUGCCUCUUAUUGCAGACCACUCAAGUGAAUCAGGACAACCAGCCGCACAUGCAGACCACUCUAGUUGUAUCUUCUCUGCUGCUGGUAAAUCAGACUUGCUCUCUGGUCAGAAGAAACACCUUGGCCAUCGCUACACUUCCUCCCAUCCAGAGAACUGCUUCUACCCCUUGCCUUCCUCCAGUGAGUCCAUCAACCACCACCCUGGGAGGCACAAAGGAGAUUUUUACAAGUACCAUUCUGGGCAGGGUUCAUCUUCUGCAAAUGCUCAAGCCACAACAACCAACCCCCAGCUACAGACCGAAAGCUCAAAUCAGGGGGCAAUGGGAUGGCAACGCCAAGAAAAGGCAGCCUCUGCCUCCUGGAGCUGCAGAGGAGCAGAGGAAGAGGGUGAGGUUCCUGAAGCAGCCAGUGGGGGGAGCAGUCAAGCACAGGAGGACAGUACACCCUCAGUCUAUGACAACCUGGACAGAGCCUCUCUGUCUCACACAUUGGAGAAUGUUCCUACUGAGAACUUUGAUUUAGAUUCUCUAGGAAUCAAUGUUGGAAUGUGUGAAACAGAGGUAGAUCAAGCAGAACUGGGGAUGGCAGGAGACUCCUCUUCCUCAUGGUCUUCCUGUGAAGUUCUACCAUUAGAUAAAAGCAAGGAUGAACUGGGGGUCAGUAGUCCUGAUAUCCCACCAAAGAGAUCCAGAAUGUUGCCUCUGAAUCAGAGAAGAGAACAGGAAAUCUGUGAUAAAGAUGAUCAUGAAGACAAUGGAGUUGAAGGCAAUGGUGCCAAGCAACAUCCGAGCUCCUGGGCUUCCUGCUCUGUCAUCAGCAUCAGCCCUCUCAGCACAGGGAGCUCAGAAGUCUUCCUCCCCUCUGGGGCUCCGGAUCUCCAGGUUCAAGAGUCUCAUUUAGAGUCGAGGGACACUCAUUCUCUGCUGGCCAAGCUGAGGCAGCAGAUGGCUCAGCAGAAGGCAGAGUACCAAAACAGGAUUGAGAGGUUGGAGCGCUGCAAUGGCGCCCUCGAACGGCAAGUUGCCGUUCUGCGACUCAGUCUGGAGCAGCAGAGGCGAAGCCAGAGCGUGGCAGAGAUCAAGAUCAGAAACAUGGAGCGAGCCAAGGCAGACGCAGACCGCCGGAACACCACCCUUCAGAGGGAGAUGGAGCUGUUCUUCAGGACAUAUGGAGAAAUAAGGAGAAGAGGAGGAGAUCUGGGAAGAGCUGGAGGAGGAAGCAUCUGAAGACUGAAAGACUGUUUUUCUCAGCAGGAGUGAAAAAGGGAAGAAAGAAGCUGCAGUUAGCAGCGGACGGAUUAUGUCAAGAUGAGUUAAUGGUAUGAAAACAGAAAUAAGAACAUCACAUUAGUGGAGGUUCACGUUAUUAAAGGUCAGAUCUGAUGGGAUUUUUUAAAAAUUUGCCUUUAAAUCUCAAAUUAAUUCUCGUCUUCCUAGGAAACUCAGGCAGCACACUGAAGCCUGUGAUGACUGAGACUCAGUCAGUCCCAGGUGUCUCCAGGUGAUAAAGCAUCAGUUUUAUGUUCCACAUAUCCUUUAGUCAAAACUGUCCACCUUUAAUUACUCCAAAAAGCUCAGACUUGAUGUAUGAAAGAUUUAACGUGUCAGCAUGACCUGUUUAACAUAGUUAACAUAUUGAUAUUAAAUACAAUUGUGCUCUUUACAAAAUGGUGGUGGAAAUUAAAUAAAAUUCAUAAAUUAUAAUAUGUAAAACUAAAAUUAUUCCAACACUUUAUUAAUUUGGUUUUUAGGAAAUCUUUAGGAAUUAUGAGUAAAUAUUUUUAGUUCCAUCUUUAUUAAUUUAAGAGCACAUUUACAAACCUACAAGGUCCCAUCUCCAUACCCUGCAUGGCGACCUAUUGAAUGAGAAAUCCAACAAAAAGCAGUGAAGAAUACACAACUAGUGGACUUUAAAUAGGUGGGCGUCCACUGUACAUUGAUUCAUUACUCACAGGUUACUUUUGAUGAUUGUGGCCAAUGAAAACCCAAAUUGGGCUCAUUAGAAUUUUUUUAUACUACAUUAAAAAAAUAAAACCUGGUUAAAUCACAUACAUGUCGACAUUCUGAUUUCUUGAGACACGUGAAAAACCUGCACAUUUCAAAUCACAUCUGCCUGGACUCAAUAUUUAUGUCUGCGCAUUAUCAUCAUCUGAAACCUGAAACCACCGUUUCUGCAUGAAAACACUUUUCUAAUAAAACCUAUUUUAAUCCACUUUCUUUUAUUAUUUAUUGCCAGUUAAUCUGAUAUGAAUUAAAUGAAAACUGAAAGCAGGUCUCUUCACAGGAGGAUGAGAUCUACUGUGAUCAACGUGGAAAUUAUCUUUGUCAUGAAGUGCCAAUGAAAUUUGUUAAAAUAAUUUUUUUUAAACCAAAAACAAUGAAGCUGAGACUUUUUUAUUUUCCACAGAGGAUGAAAUAUUUAUUGUCAAACUGUGCCAGCAACGUGAACUAAACUGUACAGACAGUAAAAAAGAAAAAAAAUCGAAAAGAAAUAUAAAAUAAAAAUCACUGAACUGACAGAAACUUUCUAUCAGGACUGAGUCAUGCCUACAGACAGAACAUUAAACUGAUGCUUCAGUCUGAUUAAAGGGGGAGAGUAUCACACUGACCACUGAGCACCUGUAAACACAAGUACUAUAGACUCAUCUUUAACAAAUGGAAAGUACAUCAAAUAUCAACAGUUAGUGACCACACAGAAUGACAGCAUCUGAAUAUCACCACAGCAGUUACAAGUGGUAAACUUUCAGGAUUUAUUUUAUUUUAUUACCAGAAAAUAGUAAUAAGAAGAAAAAAGGUUCACUUUAUGGUCAAAAGUGCUUAAUGAAGAUGCUUUGCACGUGUAAUCUUACAGAAACUUUUAUAUAUUAUGUUAGCCAUCAUCUGCAAACCAGGCAGCACAGCAAAUAACUUGCCUAAAUUAAGAUAACUUGGCAGUAAGGCCAUAUUUUGUUAUUUAGGGAGAAAAUAUUUGAAGUGUUUAAAUAUAUAUAUAUAUAAAAUAAGUGACAAGGUUUCUGUGAGAUGCAGAAAAUACACACAGCAGUUUUUAAAGUC